CAUUUGUGCACUUAUGAGAGUCAACAUGUUGUUUUGAAAUUUAACACAAAAAAAAAUAUAUAUAUAAAUAAAAUAAUCCAGAAAUUAUUGAAAUUUUUAAAAGAAAUCUUUAAUGUUUACUAAACAAAAAAUAACGUGUUAUUUAAUAUAAAUAAAACUUAAUAAAAUAACUAAUAUUGAUUAUUGUAAAAAGAAAAAGUGUUGGUUACAAUUCUAGUGAAUUACACCGUGAGAAAUUUAAUCUUCAACCUCCUAACAAACGUGUGGUUUUUUUCUUAUAAUUUUUAAGAAAAUUUUUCCAAGCCAUGUGACUUAAUUGAAAAACAAUACUUAAAUGAAGAAAAGAAAGAAAAGUGUAAAUUUUUGAAAACAAAAUUAAAAAAAAAAGUGAAUAUAAAACAAUAAACAGAAAAACAGUUAAGAAAACCACAAACCAACAAGAAUAAUAUACAAAUAAAAAAAAGAAAACUAAACUAACGUGAUUUAAGCCAAUUAACAAAAUAAACUAUUUUUAACUGAAUUGGAAGAAAAAUAAUAAAAAAAAAAAUCAAGAAUAAGAGAAACAAACACCCGAUGGCAACACUAGCACUAGAACAAAUAAACACCCACAGCGCCACAACGACGACGACCACUGAGCCCAUUAAAAUUCCCCUUAACCACGAAGAGCAACGCUUCUCCACCCAAUUGUCCACCGGUUCGGCAGACAGUGCCUGCGUUGUUGUUAAUAAUGGCAACUCAUCCAAUUCGUCGGUGUUUUUGACCGCUAAUGGCCACCACAAAAAAGAUUCCACUUUGUCUUUGAAUAUACGCAGUGCUUCUUUGAGUUUGCAUGGUACGGCCCAUCCCAAAUCGCAAUUGCAGAAAUUGAAACAGCCUGCAUAUAGGCAACUUUUGUCUCAAGACAGUGGCAUUGAUAAUGAUAGAGAUUCGGCUAUAGGAUCUCAGCAACUGUUAAAAUCGGCACAAUGUUCCUCCUCCAGCAGUGAGUCUAUAGGAGCCAAUUCUUCAGGUGAUUUAUCACAAUCUAAAUAUUCUGAGGAUAAUUUAGAUACAGAAUCUUCAUCGGGUUACUCGGGUAGUACCUAUAAUUUUGGAGCUACACGACGCAUUAAGUAUAAAUCAUGCAAUAGUUCUACAACUUUGGGUUGUUUGGGUCUAGAAGAUCGCAUAGAUGAAGUAGAGGACUUGCAUGAUGAUGAAGAGGAGGAUGAUGAUGACGAGGAGGAUGAAGUGGAUGAUGAUGGAGAACAGGAUGAGGAGGAAGAAAGAAGUCCCGCCUCGGCUGGGGACGAAGAGGAAGAAGAUGUUAAUGACAGUGGUUUACAAAUGUCCUUGAAUCCUUUGAAAGAACUAAAAGAAACCAAACAUUCUACAUCUUUACAAAAUCCCGACAAGUUCGCUCAUGUACCCAAACCCAAAACAUCUACCAUAAAUGCGCCUGAUAACAAAAAAUUUGCCGCUAAAGCUAAAUCUUCUACUGCUAAUAACACGAGUACACAACAGCAAAAGCCCUCACACAAUAAUGCCCAACAAGUUUUAGCCACCGACGGCAACUACUAUUUCCCACUACUCAAUAUUUCCGAUGAUCCCACCAUCAAUCCCAAGCUUAUCAAUAAGCGUGAUGGUCUGCAAGACUGUAUGUAUUAUUUGGACGAAUUUGGCAGUCCAAAACUGCGUGAGAAAUACGCCCGCAAACAAAAACAAAAGGAACUCAAACAACAGAUCAAAGCCCUUAAGAAAAAGGCUGAAGAAGAAUCUACCAAAAAACACCAACAUUCACAAACGAAUGUUGAGGUGAAAUCCAAAAAUUCAUUAGAAACUCACUGUGAUACUAAAGAAUAUAGUAAAAGUAAUUUAAGUUAUGAUAAGAAGCCAGCUGAUAAUAGUUGUAAGAUGCAAAUAGAGAAUGCAGAUGGUGGAGAAGCCGCCGAAAUUGCCGAGGAGGUGGAAGAGGUGCAGCAACAGCAGCAGCAUAAGCAGCCACAAACACCGUCCUGUGUUAGUUGGACGAAGGUGGUUCAAAAAUUUAAAAAUAUUAUAGGCAGAGAUGGUUCAAAAAUCACCACAGUUGUUGCCACACCUGGCCAAGGUACCGAUCGUGUGCAAGAAGUUUCCUACACAGAUACAAAGGUGAUUGGCAAUGGCAGCUUUGGUGUUGUCUUUCAGGCAAAACUAUGCGAUACCGGUGAACUGGUAGCCAUUAAAAAAGUUUUACAAGACAGACGAUUUAAGAAUCGUGAAUUGCAAAUUAUGCGUAAAUUGGAACAUUGUAAUAUUGUAAAACUUUUAUAUUUUUUCUAUUCGAGUGGCGAAAAGCGUGAUGAGGUGUUUUUGAAUUUAGUACUCGAAUAUAUACCAGAAACCGUUUAUAAAGUGGCACGUCAAUAUGCUAAAACUAAGCAAACAAUACCCAUAAACUUUAUAAGGCUUUACAUGUAUCAAUUGUUCAGAAGUUUGGCUUACAUACAUUCAUUGGGUAUUUGUCAUCGUGAUAUUAAACCACAAAAUCUCUUAUUGGAUCCAGAGACCGCUGUUUUGAAAUUAUGCGAUUUUGGUAGUGCUAAACAAUUGUUGCAUGGCGAACCAAAUGUUUCAUAUAUCUGUUCACGAUAUUAUCGCGCCCCCGAAUUGAUAUUUGGCGCUAUUAAUUACACCACAAAAAUUGAUGUGUGGAGCGCCGGUUGUGUAUUAGCUGAAUUACUUUUGGGCCAACCUAUAUUCCCCGGUGAUUCUGGUGUCGAUCAAUUGGUUGAGGUUAUUAAAGUUUUGGGCACACCCACACGAGAACAAAUUCGUGAAAUGAAUCCCAAUUAUACGGAAUUCAAAUUUCCACAAAUUAAAAGUCAUCCAUGGCAAAAAGUUUUCCGUAUACGCACUCCACCAGAAGCUAUAAAUUUGGUAUCACAAUUAUUGGAAUAUACACCAAGUGCACGUAUAACACCAUUGAAAGCAUGUGCCCAUCCAUUCUUCGAUGAAUUGCGUCAAGAGGGUAAUCAUACAUUACCAAAUGGUCGAGAAAUGCCGCCAUUAUUUAAUUUCACUGAACAUGAACUUACAAUACAACCAAGUUUAGUACCACAAUUGUUGCCAAAACAUUUGCAAAAUAGCGCACAUCGUACUGCUGGCGCUGGUGGUGAAGGUGGUGCCGCCUCGGCCACAGCUGCUUCAUCGUCAACAAAUGCCACAAGUGCUGCUGCUGCUACGGCCAAUAAUACUACGCCGGGUGCUGCAGCGCAAGCAGCUACAGAUUCAUAGUGGCAUAAUUUUAUAUAAAAAUUAUUAAAGAAAGAAAAAAAAACAAAACAAAAAACAAUUUAAAUAGUUCUCUAUACUUUUUUUCAUACGUUAUUAUAAAAACAUUAUAAUAAUUAUUUAUAUAUAUAGAAAAAAAAAAUACCAACAACAAAAUAAUUACAUAAAAUUAAUUUUUAAAAUCAGUUAUAAAAAAAGAAAACAACAACAAAAUCAAAAAAUAAUCAUUUAAUAUUAAUAAUUUUAGUUUUUUUUAGUUUUACUAUUUUUGGUCUUGUAAUUUUUUUUUGUUUGUGUAACAAUAAUUUUUUUUAAUAAAUUACAAAAUUUUAGUUUUAUUAUUAUUAAUUAAUAUACAUUUAACUCCUUUUUUUUGCAAUACACAUACAAAUUUCCAGAUUUUUAAUUGUGUAUGGUAAUUACUUUUAAAAGAUAAAACAACAACAAUACACUACAAGAAAUUAUUAAUAAAAUUUAAUGGAAAAACAAAAUAUAAACUAAAAAAUAUCUUUAUAUUAAAAACCGAUAAAAAAACAUACUUAAAAUGUA